AUGGUUACCACGUCUGCUGGCACUGACCCAGGAUCGCAGGUCCGUCCUGUGGACCUGAGCCACAAGCGAAGGUUCCACCAACACGUGCGUAGAAAACUCCGGCCUGUCCGGAUACUAGGUCUCGUUCUGAGCUUGGUGGCGGUCAGCGGCGUCUUUUCGUGGAGUGCCUUGAUGUUUACGGUGGGGCCGUUCCCAGGGUGGCUGAAGUUUUCGGAUCCUGCCGCCAGCGGAUCACAGGAGGACCUACUGCCUCACAGGACUCUGCUCUCCACCGUCGAGGGGCAGAACAUCUCCUCAGACACACCCACCGCGAUGCGGUCGUCGGCCGAUAUGAACCAGGGCGACUACCCCGAGGACCUGUUCUCGUUGGAGGAGAGACGCCAGGGGGCCGUCGUCCUGCACAUGUUUGGGAUGUUGUACAUGUUCAUCGCCUUAGCCAUCGUGUGCGAUGAGUUCUUCGUGCCAGCGCUCACUGUCAUCACCGAGAAGCUGGAGAUCUCGGACGACGUGGCCGGCGCCACCUUCAUGGCCGCCGGAGGCUCUGCUCCAGAGCUUUUUACCUCCGUCAUUGGUGUCUUCAUCUCGCACAGCAACGUGGGUAUAGGCACAAUUGUUGGCUCUGCCGUAUUCAACAUCUUGUUUGUGAUUGGGAUGUGCGCACUGUUCUCGCGUGAGGUCCUCAACCUCACCUGGUGGCCCCUCUUCCGAGAUGUGACCUUCUACAUCAUUGGUUUAAUCAUGCUCAUCGUCUUUUUUCUGGAUAAUUUCAUCACUUACAUGGAGAGCAUUGCUCUAUUACUUUGCUAUUCAGCCUAUGUGACCUUCAUGAAGUUCAAUGCCAACGUUGAAAACCUGAUCAAGAGCAAACUCACCAGGAACCGAGUGGAUGAGCUGGAAGCUGCUCCAAAGGCCAGCCCUGAUUCUGUUGACGAUGAAAACAAACUCAUGGCUAAGCCUCGGCUCCAGAGAGGAGGAAGCUCAGCUUCCCUGCACAACUCGUUGAUGAGGAACAGCAUCUUCCAGCUCAUGAUUCACACACUUGACCCACUCAGUGAAGGGAAAUUUAAGGAGAAGGCUUCCAUUCUUCACAAGAUUGCAAGGAGAAAAAGUCAAGAUGAUCCUAAUGGUCUCAUGGAUAAAAACCUUCCCAACAGCUCUAACGUGGAGGUGGAGGUCACGCCUCCCAUGAAUGGCAGUGCUGGAAUGGAGGCUGAAGAGGAGGAGGAGGAUGAAGAUCAGCCUUUGAGCCUGGCAUGGCCCGAAACCACGCGGAAACGCAUCACCUACCUCUUCAUCCUUCCCAUCGUCUUCCCUCUGUGGCUUACACUGCCAGACGUCAGGAGAGAUACAUCCAGGAAGUUUUUCCCCAUAACAUUUCUCGGUUCCAUCUGCUGGAUUGCCGCCUUCUCCUAUCUGAUGGUUUGGUGGGCCCACCAGGUUGGUGAGACCAUUGGGAUUACAGAGGAGAUUAUGGGAUUGACAAUAUUAGCGGCUGGGACUUCCAUCCCUGAUCUGAUCACCAGUGUCAUAGUGGCUCGAAAAGGACUUGGUGACAUGGCAGUGUCCAGCUCUGUGGGGUCGAAUAUUUUCGACAUUACUGUUGGACUACCCUUCCCGUGGUUGCUCUAUUCGAUGGCAAACGACAUGAGCCCGGUAACGGUCAGCAGCAACGGCUUGUUCUGCGCCAUCGUGCUUCUGUUUCUCAUGCUCCUGUUUGUCAUCAUCUCCAUCGCUGCCUGCAAGUGGAGGAUGAGCAAACUCCUGGGCUUCCUCAUGUUCUUGCUCUACUUCGUCUUCCUCGUGGUCAGCGUCAUGCUCGAGGACAAGUACAUCAUCUGCCCCGUUAGCAUCUGAGAACUGGAGGGGGGGCGACGCCUACUCCCCCCGGCACCUAGAACAAUCCACGGAGCCAGACCGAACAUAGACAGCGAACGGAGGGCUGACCAUCCCCGGUCUGUAGUUUUUGAUAAUGUCGGAUGUGGAAAGACUGCAAAAGAAAAAAAAAACAAAACAAAAAAGAAAAGAAAACGGCCCUCUUCAAGUGCACGCUGGGUAAAAUUUUCACGUAGACGUGAUGCUGCCAGCACUGUCCCCUUCGGAGGACUUUUUGAAGGUAGAGACGUCGAGAAAACUGAACAAAUCAUGUCCAUUGUCUAGAUUUUGCAGCACGCCACACACAUUGAGAAUACAGGGCGCACUGACGUGAAACCGUGACGUUUUGGGACUCUUAAGACAAACAUCCAAGAGAAAAGUUUCAUAUAUUCUGAUAACAUGCCACGGAUAACAAGCCAGCAAAAUUCCAGGGGAGCAGUUGGUUUGGAACACAGAGACGUUCUUUCCGAAGCCUUGUCUUGCAAACUGAAUGUGAAAACGGGGAAUAUGGAAACAACACAAAGCGACGAAUUUGCUUUGUUGAGAAACAAUUGAUUG